UAUAUAUAUUGUUUGUUAUUUUCAAACUGACGCCACACCUGCAACAUCCUCCGGUGAUUUUAAAGAUGUCUCAAUAUUUUUUUAUCUCAAGAUCUUUAAAAAUAAACACAAGAGUGCUUAGGAUAAAAAUUAAGUUUAACGUGUGUUUAUUUCAACAAUAAAUAUUAGUUUUGGUGUACUGAGUGAUUUAUUUAAAAAUGGAACUUUUGUUUAUAUUGUGCCUUGUUUCCUUUGGGCUGGCCUACGAUAAAGCAUCUUUCUAUGGUGCCAGUUAUAUAUCGUACCCGCUUCAAGAAGCAAAGGGAGUCACGGACAUAAGCUUUAGAUUUCGUACCCAUUUAUCCGACGCCCUUUUACUACUUGCUGCUGGCAAAACAGAUUAUUGUAUGAUACGCCUGGAAAGUGGCAGAUUAAAACUUCAUAUCAAUCUUGGUGCUGGUGAAAGCGAACUAUCCUCAUCAAAAAGCACCUAUCUUAAUGAUACCCAGUGGCAUCAUGUCAGCAUAAUUAGAAGAGAGGCUAACCUGACUAUGAAGGUUGACGACAACGUCGUGAAGAAAAGGCUGCCGGGACGCUUCUUUGAACUAAACAUACACUUCGGUAUAUUUCUCGGAGGGCAAGGCGACUUUUCAGAGCUCUUUCUCGGUCAUAUGGAAAAUUUCCGCGGAUGUAUGGAAGAUGUCUACUAUAAUGGUGUAAAGAUAAUCGAGAAAGCACGUAGUCGCAGUGGUUCAGUUCACGUAGAAGGCGUGACAUGGAACUGUGCACCAGAAUUCGAUGCCGACAUUAACGCUGAUAUCAGUUUUAUAGACGAGGGAGCGUAUUUGAUACUUCCGAGAAUUAAUUCAAGAGCGGGAGGAAGAUGGCAGAUUGAAUUUAAAACGAUCACACCGAACGCGAUGAUCCUUUACAACCCGGGCGGUGGUCGUGGCUCUGACUUCUUGGCUGUGGAGAUAUUAGAGGGAGUCGUGCGAGUGAAGAUGGCGAGGGGACAAAUAGUCCACAACGAUCGGGUCAAUGACGGACAAUGGCACAAAAUGCAUCUGCUGUUUAACCCUUCGCUUAUUGAGCUUUCAAUCGACAAUAUUGCAAUGAGCACUCGUAUAGAGAGCGGCGGUACGAGGUAUUUGGAUCUAUCUGACUCUUUCUAUCUCGGCGGGAUAGAAAGCGAGAAGAGGCAGCGAGCAUUCUCGAAGGGCAUCAAAGCCGCUGAUUCUAGCAUUAUGGGUUGCAUCAGACCGAUCGAGGUAGACGAUAAGAUUUACGGUUUGCCGAACGCCGUUGUAUCGUACGGCGUAAGCCCGAGAUGCGUAUGGUGGUACCCAUGCCACGCCGGUCCGAGCCCUCCCUGUAUACCACGAGCGACUUGCGAACAACACGGCGUCGACCACUUCACAUGCAAGUGCGACUCUGAAUUGUGUAUUAAUCCGGACUACGCUGAGAAAUAUAAGGUAUUCUCAAAAUCGAGCAGCGAAUUAGAAUUAGUAGCGCUUUACCCGUUAACAGUACAAGAAGGUGGGGUGUCGGUUAUAACGACUCAGAACAUCGAUGUUGUGUUGGACCACCACAAGUACGGCGUGCGACCCUCCGGUGUAUUGCUACACGUCGCCCAGUCCCCGCAACACGGCAGGAUCGCCGUGGACUUGUCUUUGAGAAAUCUACCUCAAUACACGAACUACGUUGAAGGGGAAAAGUCUAAGCAGUUCUUUACUCUCAUGGAUCUGUCUAGAGAUAAGGUUCGCUACGUACACGACGGAUCGGAGAAUCAUCAAGAUGCUAUCGUCCUCGAAAUGGAACUGAUACCAGAAACUAAAUUUACACUACCCAGUUACUUGCAAGGUCGUAACACAUUCGUCUUACACGUCAACGUUACUCCCGUAAACGAUCCUCCCGUGUUGAACCUUCUCCCGGGGAAAGUGUUGAGACUAACUCAGGGAACCAGAAAAGUUAUCACAUCGGACAUUUUAAAGGCAGAGGAUCCAGAUACAUCAGCUGAAGACUUACUAUACACAGUGCUGCAUGGAAAAAACGAGGCGAACAGUGGCCACAUAGAAAUGUCCGGGCAGCCGGUGGACUCGUUCACUCAAAAAGACAUCGAUUCUGGAAUUAUAUCCUAUGUUCAUGGUACCACCAGCGACAAGCAACUGAAUAAAACUUCACUUCGUCUCACUUUACAAGUAUCGGACGGUAUUGAGACAAGCGGUCCAGGCGUGUUACGUAUAUCAAUAGUGCCGUUACAAGUGCGUCUCGUGAACAACACAGGAUUGUAUCUAGUUCAUAACUCGUACGCUAUAAUAACGGCUGAAAACCUAACUUUUACGACCAACGCAGAUGAAACUAACGUCCAUGUAAAGUACGACGUCGUAAAACCUCCGCAAUUUGGCGUAGUUGAACGUCUUAGAGUCUUAGAUGGUACCUGGCAAACCGUCGAUUCUUUUACUAGUGAAAUGAUUAAUUUUGGUCGCGUUCGAUAUAUGCAUAUCCUUGGAAAUCCUACGCACGACGAAUUCAAGUUUAAAGCAUCAGUUGGAACGGUACGAACGAAUACGCUUUACGAUUUUCGAUUAACUUUUAUUAAACUCGAAUUAUAUCAAUCGACUAAUGAGGAAUUAGUAUUAAAUAAUACGAGAGAGGCAUUCAUAUCGUCUCAACAUCUCAAAUUUAAGACGAAACCGUUGUCUUUGCCUGGCGACAGAAUAUUGUUUACAAUUCUUAAACCUCCUAAAUAUGGCAUAUUACAUCUUUCGUCUGGGAAACAUCACUUACAAAUGCAUAGUACAUUUUCACAACAAGAUAUAGAUUCGGACCUAUUAUGGUACAGACUUCACAGACGGGCUUAUUCUCACAUACAAGACGAGUUUGCAUUCGUAGUUGGGGCGACUGAAUGCGAUAACAUUACUGGAGUUAUGACAAUUAGACACGUGCCCGGUUCAUCCGUCUCCGAUCAUUUGUCUGGUCGAGUUCAUACAACUUUGGAAAGAUUGCAAGUAAUUGAAGGAUCUAGAAUGGCAAUUCCGGCAACGCAUCUUAAUUUCCGCACCGAUGUAGUAACAAAUUUGGUAUUUAAUAUCACGCAUAUACCAAAACAUGGAAAGAUAGAAGUAAUCAGUGAAAAUUUGAAAAUCUUAAGAGAUAACACGACUUACUUUACAUUGCAAGAAUUGAACACAGAUAGAGUGUAUUAUGCUCACGACGAUUCAGAAAGUAGGCAGGAUUCGUUUCAUUUUAUGGCAUUGAGCCCAGAACCGGAGGACUUUCAAUACGUUGGUGUGUUUCAUAUUGAUAUUAUAUUGAAAAAUGAUAAUAGUCCUGUGCGCGAGAACGAAAAAGUGUUUCACAUAGUCCACGGUGGAGCCAGAUUAAUAACGGCUAGAGAUUUGAGCUAUACCGAUGCAGACUUGAAUACAAAACCAUCAGACAUUAUAUACACUGUUCAGAGAUUUACCAAAGAUCCUCCGAACGGAGGUAUAUUCCGAGCGGAUAAUCCAUCUGAACAAAUAGCUCAAUUUUCUCAAGACGAUAUUAACAAGAAUCUCGUGCUUUUCAAACAUCAAGGCAAGGAGUAUGGAAAGAUGGCCUUUUGGAUAUCAGACGGGCUAUUUGAUGUGAAUGGAAAUUUAGAAAUACAAGCAUCCCCCCCUUUUAUUAGAAUGUAUCCAACCAAUGGUUCUAUUGUUGAAAAUGGAAAAGCAGUUGUUAUAACCACCAGGGACAUGCAGGUGGACACAAAUAUGAACUGUCUGGAAGAAGACAUUCACUAUGAUGUGACACAAGAACCAAAGCAUGGAUCUAUAGAAGUGGGAGAAGGGCGAGGUGCAAUCAGUUUUACUCAACUCGAUAUAGCCGCUGCGAGAGUUUCAUAUCGGCAUCGAGAGCCGAAAACACCAACUGAUGCAUUCAGAUUUAAAGUGAUGUGCUUAGAAGCUUGGGGUGAAGGCAUAUAUCCUAUUAAGAUCUUUCCCUCUAGUUAUUGGGAGUCGUUAAAGGUCUCUACUAAUAAGCCACUUAUUGUUGAAGAGUCUACGAGUGUUAAUAUAACAAAAGAUGUACUUGAAGUAAUGCACCUUCAAAUUGAACCAUCAAAUAUAGUUUAUCAAGUAACAGAAGGACCUUACCAUGGCUGGUUAGAAAUCACUGCCACACCUGGCACAAUAGAAAUGGAGAACUAUAACGAAGAGCCGGUUCACACGAAAAUGUUCGACCAAUCUAUUAUAAACGCUAACAGACUGGUUUACGUGCAAUCAGGAGUUAAUCGAACAAGAGAUCGGAUUAAAAUGGACGUCACAAACGGCAUAGUUUGGCUUAGAAACAUAGAACUAACAGUGAUAAUAAUACCUGAACACUUUUAUGUAGUAUCAUCGAACUUAACAGUGAUCGAAGGAGAAUCCGUUAGCGUUAAGCAAGAUUUAUUUAAGAUAAUUACGGAAUAUUAUAGGGGCAAAGUAGUGUCCUACAAAGUAAUCCAAAAGCCUAAAUAUGGGAAAAUCGUCAUGGGGGAUCAGGAUUUAACAUUACUGCCUGUACUUAAACUUAAUUCGGGAAACAUAAUGUACAUUAAUGAUGGUUCUGAAGAAUCAUCAGACUCCAUCAAACUGGUCGCCAUAACGGAAGGAGGGAAGGAAAGUGAGCCCUUUUAUGUGAGGAUCAGUAUUGUUCCGGUGAAUGACGAACCGCCUAUUGUAGCGGCUAACACUGGACUUUGUGUUUGGGAAGGAGGCACUUUUGUUUUUACAAGGAACGAAUUAUAUGUUAACGACAUAGACACUCCACUUAACAACGUCACCAUCGUAGUGGUAGACAUCGUUUCUGGCUACAUUGCUACAAAAGGAGAUUUGGAAAGUCCCGUUGACCACUUCACGCAAGCUGACAUUGAUAAUAGACAAGUUAUUUUCGUUCAUAAAAAUGGCUCAAAAGGCAAAAUGAUAUUUAAUGUCACAGACGGUCUCCACGAAUUAGCUAAAAUUACUUUUCUAAUUACUACAAAGUCAGUGUCCUUGAAACUAGUAAGGAAGCACACAUUACGAGUGUUCCCUUUAAUGAGAGAACCACUCAAUAAUUACCAUCUAAUGUCUAAAUGCUCAGAUCUUACAAGGAAUAUAAUAUAUAAAAUUGAGAGAGCUCCAGCGCUAGGUAGACUUAUAAUGUUGAACGGAGAAAAUCAUCAUCGAUCUAUCAAACAAUUCACUCAGCAUGACAUUAAUAAUACACUUGUAUACUAUGAGCAUACACAUCCUUUCUCCGAUCUUUAUACAAACGAUUCAUUCAUAUUCACGGUGGAAGCUGCAUUGGCUAAACCUGUGGUCGAUCAAAUUUUCAAUAUCGAUGUAUCCGUCUCAUCAGGCGGUCUUGCUAAAUACGUCUACAUACCAAUCACGAAAGUACAAGAAGGAGAUAAAGUGCCUCUAAGAGUGAAUGUCACUAAUGUGAUAAAUUAUUUGGAAACUCAAGCGGGAGUAAGGCAACCUCAACUCGAAGCACAGUGGUCACAACCAGCUCACGGCGAACUAAAGCCAUACUUAUCAUCACUGACACAGACCCAGUUGGAGAGUGGUGUCGUGACUUACGAGCAUGAUGACUCUGAUUCUCUUCUGGAUAAAAUUGAUAUGGCUCUUUACUUGCUUCCUGACUAUGUUCUGCUUUGCAAUGUAACUAUUUCUAUUCAUAUAGUACCGGUAAAUGAUCAACCGUUUAGACUAUUAACAGAUUCACCGCAAAUACAAGUAGUUCAGGGAGAGAAUUACACUUUGACAAAGAACGAUCUGCUUACGGAAGAUGCUGAUACAGGACCUUCUGGCAUAUUAUACGACAUAAUCAGUGGUCCGACGCAAGGAAGGCUCGUGAUGUUUGAUAAAAAUCACACAAUUGACGAAGCACAAUCAAUAAACAAAUUCACCCAAGAGGAUAUAAACAAUGGCAGGAUUAUAUACGAACAUUCCGGGUUGCUUCAAACUGCCACGUUCUAUUUUAGAGUAUGGGAUGGUCAGUUCAAACCAACUUAUACAGUUUUUACAAUAGACGUUAUUCCGGUCAUACUCAACGCCACGUCUUUACAUCCUAUAUACCUCCAGCAGGGUUCUAAUGUAGCUUCUGUAACUACGGAUCAAAUAUAUGUCGAAACGAAUGCCAAGACACACAAAGUGUGGUAUAAUAUAACAAGGCAACCGGUACACGGAAUGGUUUAUCUUGGAAGAAAUCCUGUUACAUACUUCUCGCACAAAGACCUAAUGGAUAAAGUGGUCAUUUAUAUGCAAAAUGAUAUGACAGUUGCGAACGAUAGUUUUGAACUCGUCGCAUAUGUGCACAAUAGUAACUCCACUUUGCCAUUUAAAAUAGAAGUUAUCGUUCAACCGCUAAUGACUCUAGGGGAUUUAAAGGUAGAUGGCGAAAAGGCUAAGUUAACCCUAAGAAACUUAGAUGCGACUGAGUUGGCUAAACUCACGGCAAGUGAUCCUGUUUACACAAUUAUACGGAAACCUAAAUAUGGAACUAUUAAAAAAAUUAUAAGGAGUUCCGGAGAAAAGACUAGCGCACGAGAAAGGGAAGUAGCUUAUUUUACUCAUGAGGAUGUUAAAGCUGGAGUGAUAUAUUUUGUGACGAAAAAGAAAAUAAGUGGAUUGAAUGGAUUAGAAGACAACUGUAGUUUUUUACUAGCUGCUACAAUAUUCCAGCCGGCCGGCGGAAACGUGAAGAUUUUUCUGGGCAGCCGACAGAAGAAAAAUAUACCUGGGCCAAAUGAUCCAGAGAGUCAUGAAGGUGUACCGGUUGCAAACGGCGAAUCGUCUUACUAUAUGAUGAUAUUAAUGGCGUUACUUGGUGUUGCUCUAGCCAUUAUAGUUAUAUUUGGUUUAAUAAAAUGUCGCCGAUAUCUCAUGAGAGAUCAAAACGCGUUGGUCAAAAUACAUGGACAAAGCCAAGGCGCUGUGGCUCCCAUACCACUGCCAAGACCACCAGAUCAUUUAAUGCCUUCGCCUACACAGGCGACACCGCCUAUUAAAAGAUACGUGUCAUCAGAACAAUCGGUCCACACGGGCACUAGUACUCCUUUACCGUCGGGAGGUAGCGUGGCGUGUAAGGUGACACCACUGGCCGACUCCGGCGUGCCUGAUCUCAACGCGAGGUAUCCUUACGGUGCAGAAGACCAUACCGAUGCGGAAGACUGGAGCAGUUACGAAGCGAGUGAGUCGGCGUACCCUGUCCGCGUUCCGGGCGUGGCUCCCACGAACCCGAUGCUCAGACGCAAUCAAUACUGGGUCUGACCCGCGGACACCUUUACCCUACCGAGGGUACCAAAACAAGUGACCCUAACAACUCAUGACAACUGCGUGACGCUGAACCGACGGCCGCAGAGGCGCGGCAUCGAUCUAGUUCCUACACCGUUCUUACUAAGCAACUACAAAGUCAACAAGUACGCCAAUUGCGAGGUCACUCUAUAGAAUCUAACGUAACACACGUAAGUUUUACACGAGACUUGCAUAUGUGUACGAAAUUUAUAAUCUAAUUUAUAUUUAAAAAAAAUAUGAAUUUUAAAGCAAUCAUGUUCAUUAUACAUAAAAUUACACACAAAUCUAAAAAACUAAGGUAUAAAUAUAUAUGUAUAAUAAUAAUAGAUGGGAAGUAAAAAAAAACUUCAACACAACGAUGUUGAUAGUUUUUGGACACUGAUUUCGCCGUUUUGGUAGAAACGAAAACUGCAACCAGUCCAUGUUUCAUGUAUCUGUAAUUUGUAUAGUUAUUCAGAGGAUAAUGCUUAAAGGGCGUUUCCACUAAAAUAGUUGGCAAUCUCUGUGUUCGUAACUAUUUUCAAUACUUCAGAUUUUUACUACCAAGUUAUACUGUGUUCACACUUAAGUAAAAUAAGUCUAGUUGUGUAAGGUGUACACAUUGAGCAGCCCGUGUGCUGCUAUUCUCUCAUAACAGAAAACUUGGAAAUUUUCCUUUUGUGUGGACUCAGCGUAAUGUAUUUUAUCACGGCUCAAUUUACACAUAUAUUAAACAACAAACAAUUUACUUCCUCAAAAAUACCAAAUUUAAAAACUACGAUACUGAAAUAUUUGUUGUUAAAUGUCUAUAUUAUGAUAAAAAAAUUGUAUAGUACCCUUCAAUAAAUAAUGCACAUCGACUUUUGAAGAAAAGACAAUCGGCCAAUUUCGGCUUCGUAGAGCGUUAUCUCUGUCGCACGAAACACUAACAGUCCGGUAUCCAGUAGGAGUUGUUAAAACAAUUAUGAGUUUCUGUGUAAUUUAAUAAAAUACACGCAAGUGUUUCUAUAAAUGCUGUCUUGAGGUUGUGGAAAAAUAAAAUGAAAAGAUCACGUUUUAUAUCAUGUUGAUGUAUUUGUUUCUGAUACGCACCCGGUCUGGAAAACCCUCCCGACCUCCGUUUUCCCCACCACCUACGAUAUGGAUACCUUCAAGUCUAGAGUGAAUAGGCAUCUUCUAGGCAAGCGCACUCCAUCUUAGACUGUAUCUCACUUUCCAUCAGGUGUGAUAACAGUCAAGCGCUAGCCUAUUCAUUUAAAAAAAAUCAUUCUAUUGAGAGGUACUAUAUAUAGUAACGAUUUGUCACAUGUCCAUAUGUCCUGUGUUACUAUCCACGUUUAUAACUAAUCCCAAUUGAAGGUAUUAAUUAAUUAUGAUAAUCAUUUCGAUUUCUAAUUGAUAUAACAAAUCAAUAAGUUUGCAUGACCGAUCCGAUCGUCAGACACGGAUUGUAAAUAAAUUAGUAAAUUCAGUGAUGAGUUAAGGAUUAUAAUUUGUGACGCUAUCGAUAAUGAAAUAUAAGAAAUAUAAAGGGACAUUACAAAGUAUUUUAUUAUAAAUUAAAUGACGCAACAUUUUAACACACAAAUUAAUCACAGAAAAAAUAUAUGCAUAAUUACAACAAUAAUUCUUAAAUAGCCAAAUCUGUAAUAUGUAUUUUAAUAGAUUUCAA